AACCUACCUCCAUAUAAAACCACCCAAUUCUCCACUAAAAGGCCUAAUGACAAUAUAUAAACUGCUUAUUUUUAAUAGAACCUGCAAAUGUAUUUAUUAUAAGGCAUGGAACAAAGGAUCAGCAGAUAAUAUAGAAAAUACAGAGAUACCGCUAGUUGGAAGACGUAGAGAUGUAUUAAAUAUAGAAGAUGAAGCUAAACUUUUAUUUGGAGUGCUUUAUUCGCUGCAAAAAAUGAGUAAAAAGCUUGCAGGACCGGAUGAAAUAUUUAUAUCGUAUAAAACGCAAGAAUAUAAGCUUCAUUAUUAUGAAACGGCAAGUCGUAUACGAUUUAUAUUAAUAACGGAUCCAAAUUGUGGUAAUUUGCUGUAUGUUUUACAGCAGAUCUAUAUAAGUUUAUAUGUGGAAUAUGUGGUCAAGAAUCCGCUUGGAAAUAUGGAAUGUCCGAAGGAUGAUGUGAAUGUGGAGCUUUUUGAGCGAACAUUAGAUCAAUUUAUAAGGUCAUUGAGUGAAUUCUAAGAAUUGAGGGAAAAAAAGGGUAUAUAUAGGUAAAGA